AGAGAGAGAGAGAGAGAGAGAGAGAGAGAGAGAGAGAGAGAGAGAGAGAGAUGUUUGAGAGCAGCGAAAGCUAAAUAGCUCGAUAUCAUUGAAUCUGUUUUGUUUUGUUUUGUGGAGAAAUUAAAAGAACCGCUGCUGCUGCUGCUGCUGCAACUACACCCAUAUUGCAUGCAUUCUGUAAACGGCAGAGGCACGCUGAAAUGUGUAAAAACUAUAAUAAAUGUGACAACAUGAUUUUACGUCCAUAACAAACAAGUUGCCGAUGAUUGCUUGAAGAAGACGCUACAAGUGGCGAAGGGAAAAGAAAAACAAAAAGACAGGCAAGGAAACAUUGCGAUCUUAGAAGAAAUUAUUUAUUUAUUUACAAAAAAAUACAAAACAAAAAAAUCAAAUCAAAAAGUAAAAAAAAAAUAACAAAAUCAAAAAAAAUAAUAAAAUUUUAUAAAAAGCAAAUAUUUUUUACUUCUUAUAUAUUUAUCUAAAACCCGUUGACUUGAGAAUGUGGCCGAAGCAGAAAUAAUUUAAAAAACGUAACAUCUAAACGACAGCCAUAAAUAUGUACUCGGAUGCCAAACGGAGUGUAUAAUUGUACAGUUUUUACGGACGGAAUAACUUCUAAAAAUCCCACUAAAAAUAAUUAACCAAAAUGGGCCUUUCUAAAGGAAUGGUGAUAACUGGUUUACCAGUCUUAUUCAUAAUUAAUUUUGUACAAAGUCAAGUUUUUGAACAAACAGAUGAAGUAUGUCCAGAGAAUUUAGGAGCAUAUGACGACAUACCAGCAUUCGAUUUUAUAUCUACAUAUGAAUUAGACACAAGAACAAAUAUCCCAGGUGUACAUCAAACGCGGGGUAGCAACGCUCUACAGGUGGCUUAUAAAAUAACAGAAGGGUCAAAUUUACGUAUUCCCACAAGUGCCUUAUUUCCAAAGGGAUUACCAGAACAGUUCUCAUUAAUCAGCACUUUCAUGAUGAGAGGGCCAACACGGAAAGCUAGAUGGAAUUUACUCAAAAUCGUAGAUCCAAAUAACCGGCCGCAACUCGGCGUUAGACUAAACGGGGAUACAAAAACAGUUGACUUUUACUACAAAAGUACAAACGGAAGAAUGGCAAAAUUAACUUUCAACAGAGCGAAAAAGCUUUUUACCAAAUCAUGGCAUAAACUUCACUUUUCUGUCGGGACAGAAAACGUGGAAAUGUAUAUAGAUUGUAAACUUGUUGAAUCAUUAACGGUUGGAGACCAGCGUGGCAAAAUAGAUUCGACGGGUGAAAUUGUUCUAGGGACCCAAGAACCAGGAGACAGAACUGUUGCGUUUGAUCUUCAAUGGAUGGUUUUACACUGUGAUUACCGAAAAGCAGCCAGAGAGACCUGUAGUGAGAUUCCAAAGCGUCCCAUUGGAAUUAAUUUCAAGAAAAAAACAUCGUCUCAGAAAAAACCCAAAUGUAACAUUGUCUGUCCACGAGGUAAACCCGGUAUAAAUGGAACUGAUGGUCUUCCAGGAAUCCCCGGAAUUAAUGGUAGGGAUGGCGAACGAGGUUUACCCGGAGUACCAGGAUUAAGAGGCCUACCGGGCCCACGAGGAGCCGAUGGUGAGAAGGGUGCCAUUGGCCCUCGUGGCCCUGAAGGAUCUCGGGGAUUGAGAGGAGAGAAAGGAAACGAUGGUCUUACUGGAUUACCUGGUCGCAAAGGAGAGUCCGGAGAAAAGGGUCGAAAUGGACAACGAGGCUACUCAGGUACACCUGGUGAUCCUGGAUUAAAGGGUGAACCCGGAGCAGUCGGUCCACGUGGAGAAAGGGGUCAGCUUGGUCAGAAAGGUGAACCGGGUGGCGGAUCAUCAAGUUCUUCAGGUAUUCUAGGUAGAGAUGGGACUGAUGGAAAAGACGGUCUUCCUGGACAACCUGGACCUCCUGGAGAUAAAGGAGAGAAAGGAUCCCACGGACGAAGAGGGUAUGGUGGACAGAGGGGAUUCAGAGGAUUGCCAGGUACUGCUGGACAGAAAGGUGAGCCAGGAAGAGACGGCAAAGAUGGAAAAGACGGCGUACCGGGAAUUGGCGGUGGUGAUGCCGUUCCGGGCACGCCCGGCCCUCCUGGCCCCUCUGGCCCGCCUGGCCCACGUGGUUUAUUGGGAUUACCUGGUUUAAAGGGAUCCAAAGGUACACCUGCACUGAAAGGUAGUCGAGGUGAUAAGGGAGAACCAGGAGAAAUUGGAUUUCCCGGAAAGGACGGAAUCGAUGGCCCACGUGGCAGAGAUGGAGUUCCGGGAUCCAAGGGUGAACAAGGAACGAAAGGUGAAGUUGGUCCUGAAGGACCGAGAGGUCUACCUGGAAUCCCUGGUCAUAGAGGAUCACGUGGCCAGACAGGAAGAAUAGGACCAAAUGGAUUAAAAGGUGAAAGGGGCGAAGUCGGUCCCGAAGGUCCACCAGGUCCACCAGGUGUUGUCUCCGGGAAGGGAGAUGCGGUAUGGAAAGACGUACAGAUGUAUCAAGGACCACCUGGACGUCCGGGACUGCGAGGUUCUGUCGGACCCAAAGGAGACAUGGGACCUAAAGGAAUGCCAGGCGAUCCAGGGCGACUUGGUGAUCCAGGAAGAGAGGGAUUUAUGGGACCAACCGGCCAGCCAGGAAAUGACGGUAAAGACGGUUCUAAAGGAGACCCUGGUAUUCCUGGAAUCAGAGGACCACAAGGACAAAUUGGACAGCAAGGACCAGCAGGCCCUAUCGGAUUAUCCGGACUCGAUGGUAGAAAGGGUGAUCCUGGUGAGCGCGGACCAACUGGCCCCGUCGGACCACCUGGCAAAGAUGGCAAGCCGGGCGUAAUUGGUCCACCAGGACAAUCGGGUAUAAUGGGACCUGUUGGCCUACCAGGUGUCCCUGGACCACCCGGACCUCCCGGGCCGGUAGGACCAAAAGGAGACCGUGGAGAUACAUUAGGUGUUUCUGGAUCAGAUGGAUCAUCAAUGGCUUACGGACCCCAGGGUCAGCCUGGACAAAAUGGCCCCACUGGAAUGCCUGGUGAGAGAGGAGCUACUGGUGAGCCUGGGCCUCCAGGACACCAAGGACCCCCUGGUAUACCAGGAAUGCCAGGACCUGCAGGUGUUACUGGACCAAGAGGACUUCGGGGACAAACAGGAAUGCCUGGCAUGCCAGGACUACCGGGUCGAAGCAUUGCAGAAAAUGAGAUACGUCAACUUGUUUACCGAAUUCUAAGAGAACGUCUUGAAGACUUAACAGCUGAUCUGAAAGGACCCCCAGGACCAAUGGGUGUAGGGAAAAGAGGUCGACCAGGUCCUCCUGGAUUGAUGGGUACCCCAGGUGAGCGUGGUGCUCCUGGACCCCCAGGUGAACGAGGAUUUGUAGGAAUCCCAGGUCUUCAAGGGCCCAUGGGUCCAAUAGGACGUGUUGGUCCCAGGGGAGAAAAGGGUGACAGAGGUCUUACUGGCACUGGAAGAAUUGGCAAACCUGGUUUAAGAGGAAGAACAGGUCCUCCUGGACCAGUUGGUCCCUCCGGUGUUGGUCGCCCUGGAGAAAGGGGUUUACAUGGACCUCCAGGAUCUCAAGGUCACAGAGGAGCCCCAGGUUUGCCUGGCCCUCCUGGAUAUUGUGAAUAUUGUAACUUUGCUGCAUCAGGCCCUGAAUAUUUCCCAUUAAAUAGAAGGAAUGCUAUCAAGGGACCUUGAAAAUGACAUAAACUUUUCACUUUGCUCUCAGAACACUAUUGCACCUGUAGCCACAUAUGACCACCACCUCCAGCACCCUCUACUUCUCUCCUCUUUAACCGCCGUCGUCAUAUUCUUUCUUUCACAUUUCCCUAUUUCUCCUAAUUUUCUACAUAUCUAAAACUUCUUAUUUUCACCAAAAUUCUCGAGAAUGGAUAAGUAUAUAUAUGGGAAGUAAUGCCAUUGAAUUAUGGUAGAUUAACAUAAUCCUCCAUAUCAUAUCAUCAGGGAUUAAUGGAUAAAUAAUUCCUUCCAUAUAAAGGUUCAUUUAUUUGGAGUUUAAGGAUUAAGGGAGCUAAAAGCGAAUGACAUUAAUCAAUAGGAAAAAUGCUGUGUUUAUUAAUUUAUAUCAUGUGUGUUCGGUGGCUGUUAUGAUUCCUGUUAUAAUUAAAAUAGUUAAUUUGUAUAUUGUUCUAAUCAUCAUGACAGUGUACAGCAGUCAUCUGUUCACACACAGGAAAAUAAGUCAUAAAUCAAAUAGUUUAAUAUAUAUAUAUAUAUGUGUGUGUGUGUGUGUGUGUGUGUAUGUAUAUGUAUAUGUAUAUAUAUGUAUAU